AUGGUGAUAUCGAAGUCAACAUUGUUAUUAAAGCAGCUUGCAUUUCUCGCCUAUGCUGUUCACGAUGCCCAAGCAGUCCAUCACAUGAAGCGGUCGCCUGUGACCCUACAAGCUACCGACGCAUCCCAGCGUGCCUUCAAGAUAACCAACUAUUGCCCCGUUGAUAUCUAUCCAGCAAUACAAACCCAGGCAGGAACUGGGCCAGCCUUUGGCGGCUACCAAGCUACACCCGGGAACACCACCAGCUUCGAAGUCAGUGCGGACUGGCAGGGCCGGAUAUGGGCACGCACAAAUUGCACGUUUAAUGCAGAUGGGACGGCACCAGAGGUCUCGGGUGGGUUGAAUGGAACGGGCGAAGCGUGUCUAACAGGCGAUUGCGGUGGGGUGCUGAAUUGCCAGGGAACUGGCAAGCCCGCUACGCUCGCUGAAUUCACGAUGUCAUCAGACGUUAAUUUGUCUUACUACGACAUCUCUCUGGUUGACGGUUAUAACCUGCCGUUGGGAAUCAUUUCGUUGCAUAACGAGUCGAGUGAUGCCGAUCUCAGAGCCAUGCCAUCAAAUACCACAAAUCCUGUCUGUAUUGGGAGUCCGAAUUUCUGGGAAACUUUGAAUGAACUCAACACGACUACUGUGCCAGUCAAUUCGACCAUUGGCAGUAUCACUUACUCGACCCCGCUAGAAUUAACGCUGGGGACGCAUGCAGUCUCGCGGUGGUGUCCCUGGCCUCUUCAAAUCCAGCCACCUAAAAAGCCCGGUGAUGGAGUCUAUCCAUACCCUGAUGACGGAAUCCCGCGUCCUGAUUUUGAUCCUUGCUUGUCGAUGUGUUCGAUGUAUGGGAAAGCGAGUUAUUGCUGCAGUGGGAAAUACGACAAGCCGAACAAAUGCGGGCCGAAUAUGUAUAGUAAGGCUGCGAAGAAGGUCUGUCCAGAUGCGUAUAGCUAUGCCACUGACAAGCGAUAA